AUGACAAGUACUAAUCCUUCAGCCUCUUCAUUCAGCAAAAGGUUAGAUGGCAAAGUGGCUAUCAUUACUGGCGGUGCCAGCGGAAUUGGAGCGGCCGCCGUGCGCCUGUUUUAUGAAAACGGGGCUAAGGUUGUCAUAGCCGACAUCCAAGACGAUCUCGGCCAAGCAAUCGCCUCAAAGCUGGGCGAAAAUGGAUGCUACAUCCAUUGCGAUGUCUCGAAGGAAGAUGAAGUUAUCAACCUGGUCGAUUCCGCGGUGGCCAAAUUCGGGCAAUUGGACAUAAUGUACAACAAUGCCGGCAUCGUUGACGGCUUUUUUUCGGGCAUCCUGGAGACUUCCAAGCCGGAUUUAGAACGCCUCCUCAGCGUUAACGUCGUUGGCUCUUUCCUAGGAGCCAAGCACGCUGCGAGAGUCAUGAUUCCCCGCCGCAAUGGAUGCAUUCUGUUCACCGCCAGCGCGUGUGUCAACCUCGCCGGGUUCUCGAGCCACGCGUAUUCGAUCACCAAGCACGGAAUUGCCGGCCUGGCGAAGAACUUGUCGGCCGAGCUCGGGCAGUACGGAAUUCGGGUGAACUCUGUUUCGCCUUUCGCCGUGGCAACCCCCAUCUGUGGAGGGAAUUCCACACAAGAGGAAAUUGAGCGAUCAAAUGCGUUUGUGAAUGGGGUGGCUAAUCUGAAAGGCAAAACAUUGACACCGGAAGAUGUUGCUCAGGCUGCUCUGUAUCUGGCCAGUGACGAAGCCGGUUAUGUUAGCGGUCUCAACCUUGUUGUAGAUGGAGGUUUCACUGUUGUCAAUCCUUCAAUGGUGAAUGCCUGGGCUCAGUUCUUCAAUCCAAAUGAAUAG